AUGCUUUCUCACUGGUUCUCGGAGUCGGAAAUAAGUCCUGGUGCAGUUAUCGAGAUGGAGAAGUCGUGGACCGUCGUUCAGGCGUGUGAGGAGCACAUCUCGCAUUAUUCUAAGGACCAAGGCAGCCCAGGCCACCCUCCCGCCUCCGACGUCACAAUUCGACUCAUUUCCGCUGGUACCGAGGCUGAGCCAGCAGCUGUUCGCUCCAAGCAAGCCAAACCCUGUGAGCCGGAUGAAUUGAUAGCUCUCCGUGCCCUUACCAACAAGCGCUCCAGAUUCACGCCGCGCCUGCUGGACUCCAAAAACACCACCCAGGACGACUCAGGCUUUGUCCCUGGUGGCUUCCUAGUCUAUGUAGCCUGGGAGGUAGUUGCUGGGGAACAACUGGGUACAGAGGGUGGGGACGAAUACUGUGGUUUCUGGAGGAUGGAACGAGAUAAAAGGGAGAUCGUCCGGGAGCACUUCAAAAACAACUUUCUACAGCUUUCUAAAUGGGGCUAUAUGCCUCUUGGUGGCAGGCUGUCCAACCUCGUCUGGGACGAAGAGUCGUCUACUCUUUUCAUAGUUGGCUUCUAUAUGGCGACGACUAAUAUGAAGAAGAAAAAGUGGUCUCCUGCGGUGUGGUUCGCUUGGGGCCUGGCCAAGUGCCCCCGUCCCCCGGGGCCGGACUGGGAUGGGUCAACGAGUGAUUGGGAGUGGUAG